AUGAUUACGGCUCUGUACGUGGGAUUCAGGGUGCAGCAGCUUCAACGGCAGGCGCCGAGAAAUGGCUCACCCAGCGAGAGCAGACACGGAGGAAUGGCUGACCAGGACGCGGGAAGUGCUAUACUUAAGGUGCAUUUGCUGAGCACGUACGUGUACCUUGAGAUCUUGGACGGCGUCAACGUUCAUGUAACGGUGAGCGACCGUGGUAACAGCACCGGCUACACCGGCCACAAUGAGGCUGAUAGCCGCUCGGUUUUGAAACGAUGUAGGAUCAUUCCGAGCCAGUUUUCCGAAGAGCGUCUUGGCUUUGUAUUGGACAAACUCGCUCAGAGUGAUUAG